GCUCCCCGGGGGGACGUGGGGCUGACGAUUUGGGGUUCAGACCCCCUUACCACAGCUGUCCCCGUGGGCCGGCCAGCCCGGGAGCCCCAGGCCAAGGACCCCCCGGUGGCGAGGCCAGCCAUGCCCCCCAACAAGGAGUCGCCAGGCAACCCCAGCUCGCCGGCGGCCCUCAUCUGCCUGCCGCCCAUCUCGGAGGACCUGCAGUUGGUGUGGACCCAGGCGUCCCAGACCAGCGAGCUGGACGGCCACCAGCCGCUGCGCCAGGCCUUCAGCUACUUCCCCUACCCCAGCCUGGCCGACCUGGCACUGCUUUGCCUGCGCCACGGCCUGCAAUUGGAGAAGGUCAAGGCCUGGUUCAUGGCCCAGCGGCUGCGCUGCGGCAUCAGCUGGAGCGCCGAGGAGAUCGAGGAGACGCGGGCGCGGCUGGCCUGCCGCCAGGACCGCCCGGCCUUCGGGGCCCUGCUGGCCCCCGGCGACCCCCUGACGCAAACUGGUAAGGCCCCGGGAGGCAGGGAAGCCCCCGCGGCCACACACCACAAAGCCAAGCCCCAGGAAUCCCCAGGGAGCUGUUCGGCUGCAGCCCGGGGGCCCUCAGAGCCGGGGAGAGCUUCCGCGGCCCCCCACCCCAAAGCCAAAGAGACGCUGACGCCGCCCCCCAGCCUUUUCCCCACGCCGCCCCCUCCGUGCCGGGCCUGGGCGGAUCCUCUGGCCGGCGCCAGCCACCCGGACACCGCCUGGGACCUCAGCAAACCGUGCCGGUUGGGGGCGGCCGAUGCCGCGCCGCCCUCCUCCGGAGCCGCCGUCAACGGGGCCGAGGCGUGGGCCCGGCCUGGCCACCCCCACAGCACCCUGGAGGCCCAGCGGCAGCGCAAGAGCCGGCGGAAGAGCAAGGAGCAGCUGGCGGUGCUGAAGUCAUUCUUCCUGCGGUGCCAGUGGGCGCGGCGGGAGGAUUACCAGUGGCUGGAGCGGAUCACCGGCCUGCCGCGGGCAGAGAUCAUCCAGUGGUUCGGGGACACCCGCUACGCCCUCAAGCAUGGGCACCUGCGGUGGUUCUGGGAUAACACCGUGCCCCCCACUGCCGCCCUGGAGCCCGGGCCCCGCAUGGACACGGGCCCGCUGGAGCGGUACUGGGCCGCCCGGCAGCAGCUGCGCCAGGACGACCUGCCAGCCCUGUGCCGCGAGUCGGGCAUGGGGGCCCAGCAGGUGCUGAACUGGUUCUACUCCCGCUCGCCCGAGCCAGCCGAGGUGGUGGUGUGCCUGGGCGAGGAGCCCGAGGAUGAGGACGAGGAGGCCGGGCUCAUGGUGCAGGACGACGGGGAGGAGGAGGAGGACGAGCCGGAGGAAGAGGACCUGGGCACCCAGGAAUGA